AUGUUUAAAUCAGUUUCUCGUCAAUUAUUUAAAUCAUCUCCAAUUUUGAAACAAGGUACUCAAAGUGUUUCAUUUGUUAGAACUAAAUAUGCUUUACCAACUUUAGAUUAUGAAUUAGAUGCUUUAGAACCUUAUAUUUCAGGUCAAAUUAAUGAUUUACAUUAUAAUAAACAUCAUAAAACUUAUGUUGAUAAUUUAAAUAAAUCAAUUGAAUCAGCGGUUGAAGCCAAAUCAAAAGAUGAAGUUAAAAAAUUGGUUGCUUUACAAAAAGCAAUUAAUUUUAAUGGUGGUGGUUAUAUUAAUCAUUGUUUAUGGUGGAAAAAUUUAGCUCCUCAAAAACAAGGUGGUGGUGAAUUACCAUCAAAAGAUUCCCCCUUAGAUAAACAAAUUACAAAACAAUUUGGUUCGAUUGAAAAAUUAAUUGAGAUUACAAAUGGUAAAUUAGCUGGUAUUCAAGGUUCUGGUUGGGCUUUUGUUGUUAAAAAUAAAGAAAAUGGUGGUGAAAUAAAUGUUAUUACUACUGCAAAUCAAGAUACUAUUACUGAUCCAAAUUUAGUUCCUUUAAUUGCAAUUGAUGCUUGGGAGCAUGCUUAUUAUUUACAAUAUCAUAAUGUUAAAGCUGAUUAUUUUAAAGCUGUUUGGAAUGUUAUAAACUGGAAAGAAGCUGAACGUAGAUUUGAAUUUUAA